UCGCCGUGCCAUUGCCAUCCGCCAGCGAGCGAGCGAGAGAGAGAGAGACAGUGUGUUUGUGUGAGAGUGAGGGAUCGAGCGAGGUAGUGGUGGCUAGGCGGCCAUGGCUGGAUUGCGUGAGAUGGCGAUAUUCUACUCACAAGAGCGCAGCUUCUUCCACAGGCUGGUGCGCGACCUCGGGCAGGAGAAGGAGCAUAUGAGGUGGGUGAUCGCGCUCUGGCUCUGGUUCGAGGCCGAUGGGAACGACAAGUUCAUGCGCCGCGCGGCCGCGCUUCCGGGCCCCGUCGUGCUGCGCUUCGUCGACGAGGCGCUGGCGUGCCUCGCCCGCCUCGCCGGCCGCGUGCUCCCCGGCGCCAGCACCCUCCUCCCCUGCACCAACGCGCUCCUCAACAAGCCCAUCGACGACGUCACCUACUUCGACGAGCACCGCGACAACAUCAUGCCCCGCGUCAAGUUACUGUACAAGACCGUCUGCCGCGUCGUCCUCGACGACGCCUGCGCCUCCGACGACGCCGUCUUCUUUCCCAGGAGCAGCGCCGCCUCCGCGCCGCGCGCCAUCGGCACUCCCGUGCUCGCCAGCGCCGUCUCCCCACCCCCCCAGACGCCAACGACGCCGAGGUUCGCCGACUUGAACGCAAUAGUGACGCCGAGGUUCUCCCAGCUGAACGCGAUGGCGCCGCCGUGGGCCCCGAUCCGGCUGGCGCAGCCGUACCAGCCCCAGCCCCAGCCCCAGCCCCCACCCCAGCACCAGCACCAGCAGCAUCAGAUGAUGAUCAUCGACCGCCUUCCAGAGGAGUUCCGCUCGCUCUUCAUCACCUUCUCCCGCGGCUACCCCAUCGACAAGGACGACAUCAGGGACUUCUUCAACUCGCUGCACGGGCGCCCGUGCGUGGAGGACGUGAUGGUGGAGAGGGCGGCGCCGGGGCAGAUGCCGGUGUACGGGAGGGUGGUGCUGCAGAGCGCGGACAUGAUCCCGGCGCUGCUCGGGGGCGAGCCGACGGCCAAGUUCAUCAUCAAGGGCAGGCACCUCUGGGCCAGGGUCUACGUGCCCUGCUCCAGGAACACCUUCCAAGCCUGAAUGCUCGAUCCGUCCAUCCAUGCAUCCAGCUACCUGGCCUACAAUUAAGCUGCAUGCGUGCAUGGAGCUGGAGCUUCAAGAUGUGCCAUGGCACAGUCAGUUACCCGGUUCAUAUGCUACCUACUACUACUCGAUCGAUUGGUCCAGAGACUAUGCUCGAGAGAUGAGACAACCAUCGAUCGAUAUACAUAUGUGUGUCCAGUUUGUGCUUUGUGCUUGUCUUAAUUAUAUCGGAUAUGUGGAAUAAAUGUGUGUUUACUUCCGUUUGA